AUGUCAGUGUAUCCAAAUGGUAAAGCCAAAAGUAAAAAUGAUACGAUACUCAGCUUCGAAGACUUGGUUCUGAAUGGCAAGGUAAGGUUUUCUUUUUAUAUCUAGUAAUGUUACUGUAUGAUGGUUUAGUAAAAAUAUAUAUAAAAGCAUCAAGGCCGAUAGGCAAGCUACAGUAUUUAAGUACCGUUAAGAAACCAUUUUGAAGCUGCUAUAAUAUACUUAAGAACUUAAGAUAGGAAAGUCAGAAGGGGGGGGAGGCAACUUAUUUUUCCAAGGAAAAAAAUAUUUUUUGGGAAGCCUCUCUCGUUUCCUCGUACUUUCAGAGGUCUGAUACUUUUCCUCUUAGAAUCAGGCAUCUGAGAUUUUUAGGACUACAUUUUGUAAUGACUAACUUAAAAGUCUGUGCCAACUUUUAAUUUUAAUGCAAAACUCCUCAGAAACGUUUUUGUAGACGUUAUAAUUAUAAUAAAAAAGUGUAAACUUUAAGAUUAUGGUAAACUUGACAGAGAGCAAAAAGCAUGACGUCAUUUAAGGAAGUUACAAAGUCAUAAAAAGCACCGCUGUGAAUUAUAUUAUUGUAUAUUUGAUCAAGAAUGGGUUUUAAAAAGCUAAAAUUUAAAAACAAAUGAAAAUGCUUUACAGUACAAUAACUUGUAAUAAGAUACCAUAGCAUUUUACUAAAAAUAAAGAAUACAUUAAAUUUGGACUUUCUACGAAAAGACCUAUAAGAGUUACGAUAGUGAUUAAUUUUUAGUCUUAACUAGCAAGGAAGGUACCCGACCUGCAACGCUCAGAUUUCGUUUAAAAUUUUUUAAUCGGAAGAUCAUGUAAAUGUAAGAUUUUAUGGAAAAUUCUAAGUUGCGGUUUGCGGCCAGUCUUGAGAAAAUCAAGAUCAAAAAAUCACGUUUUGAAUUUCCCGCCAUAUUGGCAUAGUGUUUCAAGCAUAUAACUUCCUCAUUUUUUGACUUUUAACUAUUUUUCUUUAAUAUAAGGAUAGAAAAGUUUCAAAUAAACUUGAAAAUUUAAAUUCGUAAUCCUGUCUUAUCUGGAACAUCAAAAAAGUGCUUGCAACACAAUGCCAAAUUUGCCAAAUUGGCGGGAAGUUUAAAUAUAUUAAUUUUAAAACUUAAAACCGCAAGCUAAGAUUUUUUAUAUGUGCUACUGGCAGUACAAAGAAUCUGUAUAAAAAUUUUGAGCUAAUUCUGAGAGUUGCAGGUUGGGUACUUUCCUUGUAGGUACUAAUUUUCAAUUUCAAAGUUUAUACCUAAUGUUCUGAUUACAGUACGUCUCCUCCACUCCCGGCUCUUCGUCUCUCAAUGAACAAAAAGAUCAUUGUCCAAAAGUUAUUGACAAAAAACCGUCGACGAGUUCUUGGAAUUGUUACAACAAGGCAAAGCGUGUGUUUCCCAUAAUUGAUUGGCUGCCAUGUUAUCGAUGGGAGAGGGAUCUGAUUAAUGACAUCUGCUCGGGAUUCAGCUUGGGAUGCUUUCACAUUGCACAGAGUACGUUAUGAAGGUAUAUAUAGCGCGCAGAGUACGUUGUAAGGGUAUACACAGUACUGGAAAAACAUUUUUUGUUAGGGCAAUUACGAGACUUUAAAAGAAAAUUUUUUAGCCUUUGCAUGUGCCCUUCUAGCCGGCCUUCGACCAGUUCACGGCUUAUAUACUACAAUAUUCACCCUUCUUCUCUACCCUCUACUAGGCUCAUCACCUACAGCCUCAUUAGGCAGUGGUCCGUUUGUAGCUCUAAUGCUUAACGUAGCUACGCUUAAAGCCUUGAGCACGCUGAACGCUAACAGAAGGAUAGAAUUUAUGUUCUCUGGAGAUGAAUUCGACCAGAAUAUGGAUGACUACACGUACGAAGAAGUGGUACAGACGAUAUGUUUGUUGUGUGGAGUAUUUCAAGUUGUGAUAGCUUUGUUUAGGCUUAACAUCUUGUUAUCAUUGGUGUCGGCUGACGUGUACUCGGCGUUUGGCGCUGGUACUGUAACACACAUCUUUGUUGCGCAAAUGGCAAGGUUCUUGGGGAUAAAACCGACUGGUAAUCGGCUGAAGGUUGGGUAUAUUUUCGGGGUAAGUUUUAACAGAAGCUUACGGUAAACGGAGAAUACUUCUGUGUUUUUUGUGGCAAAACCUUACUGUAUUUUUAGAUUUAAGCAUUAUAUCUUACGGCACUUUCAUUUCAGCACAUCUACGAGCUUUGUACCUCGAUAUCAUCGAUCAAUUUGAUUACUUUUGGUUUAUCUGUGUUUGGAUUUGCUGUUCUUUUCAUAGGCAAGGACUUUUUACAUCCACGAGUAUUGGCAGUAAGUCGAUAUAACAUUGGCGUACCAUGGAAUACUUUAAUGUAUUUUGCGACCAGUUUGAUGGUGUUAAUGUUUUCGUGGCAAGACCGAGGAGUUUCUAUUGUUGGAGAGAUUGUUACUGAGUAAGAACUUGUUGUACUUGACUAAGGUUUAAUUUAUAUUAUAGUAGUAUUUUUUGACGCUGUAAAGCGCUUUUACUUCGCCCAAAACUCAAAUAUAAUAUAUUAUAUAUAGUUAUAUUUUCUAUCAAUUUUCAGCCUACCAAGAAUAAGAGUCCCUUUCCCCAAGCUAGAUAUUGUCUCAAUUAUAUGGUUAGACGCUGUUGAAAUGGCAUUAGCUUGCAUGGCUGUACAGUGGACAUCAUGCAAGUUACUGAGUAAAAAAAGCCUGGUAAAGCCCAGAAGAUUGCAAGAAUCGUGGGCUUUGGGUGUUAUCCAUGUUUUCUUAUCAUUUGUCAGAGGCUACCCAUCUUCGGCACCACAAGUACGAGCUGUCUUGGCUAUUGAAACAGCUGCACGAUCUCAGGUACAAUACUAUUAGGUUGUUUAAAUAGUUCUGAGCUCUCUCUCAAAGCAAUUUUUUGGGAUUAGGGCACAUAAUUACUUGAACGAUCUUAUAAAUAUUACAUUUGGGGUACUGACCUUUUUUACUUUUAAACUUUUGUUUAUAUUAUUAAUAUAGACAGUAUGGUAUCUUGGUCAAUAAUCGGUAGAAUUCCGUUUAAAAGUAUAGUCAAUAAUGUACUUAUUGCUUUCAGAUCCACUCCUUUGUAGCAUUGAUAACUUUUGUCUCCAUAUAUUACAUCUUUGCACCUCUAUUGGCGUAUCUUCCAGUAGCCUCGAUUGGUGUGUUUAUUAUGUUUGGCUUCAAACCUCUAAUACUUAACGUUCUGCCAACGAUAGUCAAGUUGUACCAUGCUUCGUUACUUGAUUUGGUAUGUGAUUUGGCCUUAAAUGGUAAAGUUAUCACGGCGUAUUUUCCCUAAAAUUUUUUUAAUUUUUUAAGUUAUUAUGCUAAAAACAAGCUUAUUUAUCGUAUAUUAUGAGCAGAAUGGUCAAAAUUAUGAUCGAAAAUCAUAUUUUUUAUAAAGUAAUUAACCUCUGCUCAACUGUUUCAGUCAGUAUGGAUAAUAACAUACAGUUGUACGGUCGUAUUCAACGUAGUUGAUGGCUUUCUUAUUGGUAUCAUCGUAUCGGCUACUACUGUGUUGAUCAGAACUCAUUAUUUAAAUACUGACAGACCAAGCAUAUUACAGUUACAGCAAGAUAAACUUAACAAUGAUCUCAAAACCAAUUGCAUCUCAUUAAGUGGACCUUUGGUAAGUUUCAAUGGUAAUAGUGGGUUGUUUAUGUAAUGCUGUGUCCCUCUCAAAACAAAUUUUUGGGUUCAGAGGCACAGAAUUAUUUAAACAAUUUGAUAGUAAUAAUGUAUUUUAACUUCGUAACGUAGAGUAGUGCUUGUAGAUGAUUACCUUCUGAUUAUAAAAAGUUUUACUUGAGCAUCAUUAUCUCAAUAUUCUACUGUAAAUACUAAAUUAAAAUAUAAGACAAAGGCGCGUUUUAGUCAUACAUAAACAUACACAACUUGGAAGACCUACCACAAACAGAAAGGUACGACAUAGAAUCAACAAAAUCAACCUCAAUUGACUUAUCUCUAGUCAAUUUUAUUGAUUACACUAGUGCCAUGGAGCUGAGUAAUGUAAGUUAUCAUAGUGAAAGUCAACAUAGAAUUUUGGAAACUAUGCCUCCGCUCUUCUUUGCUCUUUCAGUAUUUAAUCCGCCUUGAUUGUACCAAUACUUAAUCAAUAUCAUGCUAUUUUUAAGGUAAAACAAUGUAUUGAAUCAAACGGUGUUCACGUUCAAUUUACCGGUAUCUCUUCGACGAUAAAACGACCACUUAAAUCAGUCGGUAUAGCUGAAUCGUGA